UAUUCCAGCAAAGAUGCAGCAGCGUACGUGUUUGGUGGCACUCUUAGUCGUAGCGCUCAGUCUUCAGGCAUCCUUGGCGGAAUGGUCGUACCAGACGUCGUGGUUUGAGAAGGCGCGGGAGGACAAGGUGGCCCGGGGAACCGUCUGGCCGAAGCCGCUAUCCGCGACCACCGGCACCGGCACGCCCGCGCGGUUCUCUCUCGAUCCCGGCAAGUUCAAAUUGGUGGCAGACUCCAGCUCAGCAGCAGGGACUGAUAAGGAGUGUAAGGAAAUCGUGGAUCACGCCUUGAGUAGGUAUGCCGAUCUGCUGUUCUGGAUCCCUGAGGACGAGAGGGUGAGUGUGUCUGGGGACGAGACUGUGGAUCAGCUGGUGGUGACAGUGACGUCACCCUGCAGCAGGUAUCCUAGUCGUGACAUGGACGAGUCGUACGCGAUCUCGGUAGGCUACGACGGAGCGACGCUUCGGGCCCCAACCGCAUGGGGCGCUCUUAGGGGGUUGGAGACAUUCAGUCAGCUUUUGUACGAAGACAACGGCAAGCAUGUGAUCGACAGAGUGACCAUCAGUGAUUCUCCCAGGUUUACGCACAGAGGCAUCAUGGUAGACACGGCCAGGCACUUCAUCCCUCUCCCAUACAUCCUGCAGAAUCUGGACGCGAUGGCUUACAACAAGAUGAACGUGUUCCACUGGCACAUGGUGGACGAUCAGUCCUUCCCCUUCCAGAGUACCACUUUUCCAGACCUCAGCGGAAAGGGAGCAUACACCAGGAAGCACGUCUACACGCAUGAUGACGUCAGCAAAGUGAUCGAGUUUGCGCGCCUGCGCGGAAUCAGGGUCAUCCCAGAAUUCGAUUCCCCCGGUCACAUGAUGUCGUGGGGUCAAGGUCAUCCGGACCUUCUGACCAGGUGCUCCCCCACAGAUUUCCAGCCGGACAUCUACUACUUAGGCCCCGCCAACCCUGCCCGUGAGGAGACCUACACCUUCAUGCAGAGUCUGUUCCAAGAAAUCCGGGAGGUCUUCGCGGACGAAUGUUUCCACGUCGGGGGUGACGAGGUCCGCUUCCAGUGCUGGAUGAGUAAUGAGGAAGUACAACAGUUCAUGCGGCAAGAGGGGUUCCCUAACACUACAGAAGGGUUCGCUAAUCUGCAGGGACACUACAUAAAAAGGAUCCUUGACAUCCUCCAUCAGAUCCCCCAGAGGACAAGAGGCAUCGUCUGGCAGGAAGUGUUUGACACCGCCAGUAUCGCUAACGAUCUCACGGACUUGAGUCUGGACACGAUCGUCCACGUGUGGGAGUGGAACGACACGAGGUUCCAGGGAGAACCGUUUAAGGAGGAGCUGGCGAAGGUUACCCGGGCCGGGUACAACGCCAUUCUGUCGUCAUGUUACUACCUCAACUAUAUCAGCUACGGACGGGACUGGCCGCAGUACUACGAUUGUGACCCACAAGAUUUUCAGGGGACGCGGCAACAGAAGGACCUGGUUCUCGGUGGGGAAGCCUGUCUGUGGGGUGAAUGGGUGGAUUCUACUAACUUCGUCCCUCGGAUGUGGCCCCGUGCCAGUGCGGUAGCAGAGAGGCUGUGGAGCCCGCAGAGUGUGACUGACUCCGCCGCCGCAUCACCCAGGAUGGAGGAACACAGGUGCAGGAUGGUCAGGCGAGGCAUCCCGGCACAGCCCCAGGGCCCCAGCUACUGUAAGUACGAGUGGAACAUCCAGGGUGACCUGCCGAACUACCGUCCGGUCAUCACGUCAUCUGGGCCGCGUGUGGCGGCAGCAGGGCUGCUUCACAGCGUGGUGCUGAGCGUCUUGGUCCUGGCGGCUGCCAAGUUAUGGGCCUAA